CACGGUUCACAGUGUUGGCGUUGUGAAUAGUGAAGUGAUUCUAUCCCGAGUAACGAAUAACAUAAAGAUUAAAUUUUAUGGGUAGAUAUUGACUGUGUUUAUAAUUUUCUGUCACAAUAUUAUGGCCGAAAAUCGAGAAGUGAUUCUUGCUGACUUUCAGGCGUGUACUGGAAUCGAUGAUGUUGGCGAAGCAAUCUUACAUUUGGAUGAGACUAACUGGGAUUUACUGGCAGCUAUCAACAGAGUUAUGCCCGAAGAUUCCCAGCAACUUCCAUCAGAAAUGGGACCAGACAUAGAAAUGAUAGAAGAAAUUCCACGAAAUCCAGAAAUCAUAGAUAUUAUCAACAUAUCGAAUGAUCCCAGUCCAUUAAGGGCGGAUUUACCAGAAAUAAUUAGACCUGGUACCAGCAGACCUAGAAGUAACACCUCUAAAAUUAUUUUUCACAUACAUUACAUGGAUACAGUCUUUGACAUAGAACUGUCUGACUCACAUUCUGUUGCAAACCUGAAGCAUUCAAUACGUGGUGAAGUAGGCGUCUCACCUUCUCAACAGCAGCUUAAUGGCUGGAAGAAAGAGCCACAAUCUGAUUGUACAGUUUUGGAAACUCUGGAUCUUCCAUCGGAAGUUACGCUGCAUUUGAGAGUAGUCCCCGAAAUUGGUGAAUCAGCGAGUGAUGUAGUUAAAGCAUCAGAUCGAUUGGCACUAGAAUACAUACUAAACAUUCGUGAUGAAGCGCAUAAUCGGACCUACAAAUUGAAAUUCCCAGGAACCCGUACAGUUUUAGAAGUGAAAACCGACGUUUUUACGCUAAUAGAUAUACCUGUACGAAAUCAGCAUUGGACUGGAUGGCCAUCAAAGUUGAAGAAUGAUGAAACAAUGUUGGCACAAAGCGGUAUCACUUACCCAGAACAUGACUUGACUGUUGGAAAGUUGCCUAACAAGGAAAACAAGAAGGUUUACGUAGAUUUAAUAGACAGCGACAGUUCCCCAGAAGAGUUUGAAGACGCCUCAGAGUCCUUUGACGUAGAGGAUGAUAUCUUCAUAGAGAAUGUUCAAUCUAUGAAAAUCCAACAUCUCAUGCCAGAUAAUGUGGAAGAUGAAACCAUAGGCACACUGCAUUUUGCAGAACAGUUUCAAAAAAGAUAUGGACCAGCGCAUCCGGAAUUUUUUGCGGGCACGUUCGAAGAAGCUAUAAAGGAAUCCUGUCUGCGACCAGCAAAGGAGAGAAAAUUACUCGCCGUCUAUUUACAUCACGACAAUAGUGUGCUUGCAAAUGUAUUUUGCACACAUUUAUUGGGAUUUGAGACUGUACUGCAACUCUUAUCUGCAAAUUUCGUAGUAUGGGGUUGGGAUUUCACUUAUCAAUCCAAUAAACAGAUGUUUUUAUCAGCAAUUAACCGAACACUAGGAUCGGUUGCUGCAAUGACAGUGAGGAACAUAGACGUAGAUACGUUGCCUGUACUUAUGAUCAUCAUGCGGUCACGAUCCAAUACCGAGGUUUUUGCACUAGUACAUGGAAACGUAGGGGUCAACGAACUUCUCACCAAUUUGAUUCAAGCUGUAGAUGUUUUCCAGGAACAACGACGUGCAGAUAUUGGUGUUGAAGAGGAAAGACAAGCCAGGGAAAGGGUGAAGCAUGAACAGGACAUGGCAUAUCAGGAGAGUUUGGCCACAGACAGAGCCAAAGAAGAAGCUAAACAGAUGCAGGAAAUGAUGGAAAAGCAAGAAAAAGAGAGAGUCGAGAAUGAGAGAGUAGCCGAUGAAGCUCGAAGGGAGGCUCACCGGCAAGCUGUGGAAUCAAGUUUACCUCCAGAACCUCAGCAAGAAGCAGGUGAUGGUAUUACCAAGAUACGAGUAAGACUUCCAGAAGGCAAGUUCUUGGAGCGCAGGUUUCAGACUGAUACUCCACUUCAGACACUCCUGAAUUUUCUUAUCGUCGAAGGGUAUCCCACCGACGAGUAUAAAGUUAUUUCUAGCUGGCCUCGAAGGGAUCUCACAUCAAUGGAUACAAAGCUGACUCUUCUAGAACUGAAGUUAUAUCCUCAAGAAACGGUGAUUUUAGAGGAACGAUAGAGUCCGGCUGAUAAAAAAUAAUAAUAAUAUUAAUGAUAAAUCCUGCUAGAAAGUAAGCAUUGCAAUGAUGUAAUAUGUAUUUAUUUAAUAAUUUUGAGAUAGUUCAUAGUUGAGACAAUUAUCUGUUAAUUGCGUGAUAACAUUUUUAUGCUAUUAUAUUAUCUUCGUAUAUGAUUAAAGUGUAAAACAAAUGCAGUUCUAUUUUAUAAAAAGAAAAUCCUUUUUACGCAGUUGUAUUGUAAUUUGAAAAUCCCCUUAGGAUAUUGAUCGAAAGAACAAUAAACAAAUUAUCAGCCAAUUAAACACGUGAAUCUUU